AAGCGUUGGCAGCAGGGUUAUUACUUGGUUUCAAAAAUAACCAACAAAUAGUUCCUAACUUCCUGUUGUGUCUUCUCCGAAAGGGUUAGUGUCUGUUUGAGGACCAGACGUGGUGCCUCUUCGCAACAGACUCCUGUCUCUUUCUACAGUCACCAUUUUCUCCUAUAAAAAUCUGAUUUGAUUUCUUAUUUCAGAGAUAUCAAAAAUUCUUGCUUCUGUUUUGUUAAGUUCAAGUGUCAAAGAGAUUACAUAUUCUGCACAAUUUAGUUUGCUGAGUCUUGAUUGUUUGAAGUGUUGCAUCAAUCAAGAAGGAGAUUGCUGUAUCCUGGGAGACGAACGCCAAUCAACCAUACAGCAUCAUUGUGGGGGCGUAAUCGUUUUAAGGACAUAGAGAAUAAUUUUCUAGCCUCAAUCCACUGUUUGCUAUUUCUAUUCCCUAAUUCUAUGUGUCCUUUUCUUUUCAAUUGUGUUAUUGAUUUGAAUGCUUGAAUUAUGUUGAAACUGUGUUUACCAUAUUCCCUGGAAUGUUUACGAAGUUGGGUAUUGAAUGAAAUACACCAACAUUGCAUUUGUGGCAAGCAUAGGGGAUGGAUUGAACUAACAACAAAACAUAGUUCUGUUGCAUAUAUGGUGUUUGUUAAAAUGCCACUGUGAAAUAGUUACAAUUUUAAAUAUCUUGUACUUGUAAUUUUGUUGUUUCUUACAUUAACAUGUCUCUUCUAAUUGCUACUUAGUAUAUUUUCUAACAAUCUUAAAACGAUUAUUCUUUAUGAAAUGUACUAAGUUAUCUUCUGCUUGGUUUUGUGAUCAUACAAAAGGAAGAGAACAAUGGCGUUGCGUAGUGGCCGCCAUGAACUCAAGGUGUACCAAGGAAAUCUCUCUAAAGCAAGGCAAAAGUUUUGACAAGGAUGAGCAUAGCAAUUGUUGCGAAAAGGUGAAACAGCUACUUGGGAAGUAUUCAAGGAAAGUAUUGGAAUUUCAGCAAUGCAUACUCAAUUGUUGCCAAAUGAUCGAGUUAUUAUAUUCGACAGAACAGAUUCUGGUGAAUCAAAAAUUUUAUUGCCAGAAGAAAGUUGUAGCGACUUUUCUCCUUUAAUCGAUUGUUCAGCUCACUCGGUCGAAUUAAACCUUUUGGAUCGAAGUGUUCGUCCACUUAAUCUCCUGACGGAUACUUGGUGCUCUUCGGGUGCAUUAGCAGCUGAUGGCCUGCUAAUUCAAAGCGGUGGAUCCAACACUGGUGAACUUGCUGUUCGAACUUUUCGGCCUUGCGCUAACUGUGAUUGGGUGGAGGAUCAAAAAGGGCUAGUUGUUCCUCGAUGGAAUGAUUAUCCAGUCAUGCCAGGCGGAGUUUCACGCAAUUAUCCCAGCACAGGUUCAUCUGUACUUCUUCCGCUGAAACUUGGUCUUAGCAACAGUACACCAGAUGCUGAAAUCUUCAUCUGCGGAGGGGCACCACCAAAUUCAUAUAUUACUGCGACCAAAGGAACAUUUUUGCCAGCUGCCAAAUCAUGCGGCCGUUUAAUGAUCACGGCGGAACAACCCCAACGGGUAAUGGAAGAAAUGCCGAUCGAAAGAGUUAUGGGUGAUAUGAUCCUGUUACCAACAGGUGAUGUCUUAAUCAUAAAUGGCGCCAAAAAAGGCACAGCUAGUUGGAAUUUAGGUAGGGAACCGGUUCUAAACCCUGUACUUUACAAACCGGAAUCGAGUAAAUAUGAGAUUAUGGAACCAUCGAAGACUCCUCGAAUGUAUCAUUCAACUGCUGUCUUGAUUACAGAUGGUAGAGUGCUAGUCGGGGGAAGUAAUCCUAACUCGAAUUACAACUCCACCGGGAUGUUUCCUACUGAAGUGAGUGUGGAGGUUUUCUCGCCUCCAUAUUUAAGGAGCGGUCCACGACCGCAAAUUAGCUGGGCAAAACCAGAAACUGAAUUGACCUAUAAGCAACCAAUAUCCAUUGGUUUUACUUCGAAAAAACCUUUUGAUAAGCUUUUCAAAAAGAAGAUUUAUCUAGAGAAUGUUUACGUAACGAUGGUUGCACCAUCAUUUAAUACACAUUCUUUCUCCAUGAAUCAAAGGAUGAUGGUGUUGGAAAUCGGACAAGUACGUCAACUCUCCGGUAAAAAUUACGUCAUCGACUGUUUUGCUCCGGGAACUCCUAAUAUUGCACCACCCGGCUAUUAUCUUCUUUUUGUGGUACACGAUGGGACUCCUAGUAAGGGAAGAUGGAUUCAUAUCAGUUAACAAUGUUACGUGUGAAAGAUUUGGCUAAUUUAUUCAUCUAACUACCUCAUUUGGUGCA